AUGCUGACUUCUCAAAGGAAGUUAUUGAUGCACAUCAUUGUCAUUGCAUUCGCAGGUAUUUAUAUUUAUUUAUGUAGUUUUUUAUACAUCCAACAGCACGCCUCGCGUUGCGCGCUUUUUAUCGUGCUUUUUUGCAUGAUCAUUACUAGCCCACAGUGACAAAAAUGUCGACCUAUACGAAAAAUAAACGAUCGAUUUGUUGGACAUGACUGAAGCUUAAAAUAACCAAAUUUUAGAAAGCCUGGUUUUUCCAGUUCCUGACUCCGGUAAUAACCGUGCCGAAAUCUACCACUGCAUUAGCGCGCCAGUACGACUGAGUUUGGCAAAUACAACGGUAACGUCAAUGAAGACGUGCUCAUCAACAAUAGAAUUUUUACUCUAAGACAAAGGCGACUAUAAAUUGUAUCCCUUGAGCAUUCUAGGACGUCGUUCAAACUGCGACGUUAUCUACACCAUUUUCACGGCUUAUAACCACGCCAAGUCGCCAACAGUCAUAUCGUUCGAAUUAUUAACUGUGUUCGAAUUCGUGCGAGUGUUUUAUGUGAAGUGACUGGCUACUUAAGGGCAGGGCUGUCGAGAGGUUGCGCGGGGCCCGGGGCAAAGUUUUCCAGGGAGCCCUAUGACCAAUCUCGUUCCCCGAGCCUGCGAUCCUCAGGAAGGAACGUGAGGCUCUGGGAUAAUCCGUUGCCGGAAGCCAGGAAUCCUGGCUAAGAUUGAACUGCGCAUUCCAUUUCAACGGCCAAUCAGAUUCCUCCCUGAAAUGGAUUAUCCCAGAGCCUCACGUUCCUUCCCAAGGAUCGCAGGCUCGGGGAACGAGAUUGCCCUAUGACGUCAUAAUUGUGAAACAGGAGAAGCGGUGUUUUACAAUAUACUACACUUUAAUUCAUAUUAUCCGACGCUAACGCAGAAGGCCUUCCGCCUUCGUUGCUUUGGGGGCCACUUUUGAGCCGGAAACCGAGACAAAGUGCCCCCCCCCCCUCCCUGCCCCAACCCCCUCUCGGCGGUCCUGACUAAAUUAGGGUUAUUUAAAGCUAAGAUAAGUAUCUUUAAGAGGCAGAUAAACUGUAUUACAGUAGUAAUGUAUGCUUUGGCGCGCAAACAAAAGUGUAAGUAAUUUUGUUUUCUACCGUUGCCGUUGUCAAUUGCCAAACUCUCUAUGGUGCUCAGAACGGCGUACUACUUGAAGAACUUACUACUUUCCCUGCAAUAGUCCAAUCUCUAUAAACUCGGUCUGUGUCAGCGUAAGCAGUGACAAUAACACCAGAAAGCUGCGGAUUGAGAGGAAUUCAACUACAUAAAAAAUACAAGUAAACCUCGACGUUUCGAGCGAAGACCCCUCGUCGGGAAGUUAGCAGCCCUUGUAUUUUUCAGAUAGUUGAAUCCCUCUCAAUCCGCAACUUUCUGGAAUCUCUAUAUAUAGCCUACUGUGAUAUGCCUGCGAAAAUAAUUACAGUAGUACCCGUGUUGAAAUAAGUUGCGGACCUACAGUAAGCCAAGGCUAAGUGUAAAUGGGGUAGCAAUCUACUGUAUUGUGUUGACGUGAUAUUACGUUACAGAUUUACAGUAUCAGAAUUUCAUUCAAUUCCAUAUCAUUACGACUCAAUAAUCUUACAACUCAACAAAACCAAGUUUUUACCAAGUUUUUUAUGUUAGUGAAUAGAAAGCUAAGAUGUGACUGGAUUAGUUUACCAUUACCCAAAAUUACAAUUUUCGUUAAAAAUUCCAUCUAUAUAUACCAGACAUGAAUUUGUAAACAGUUCAUUCUUGCCGUUUUUUCUCAGUCUUUCAUGCAUCAAGAUCAGAGAAACCAGUUAUAGUCAAAAGACCAAUCAGUCAAAAUGUAUACCUGAACAAAUCAGCGACGUUUGUUUGCCGGGUACAGAGUACCCUCCCGUUUGCGAUUGAAUGGACGAAAGAUGGUGGACAAUUACUGAAAAGUGUUCGAGGUUCCUUGCUGAUAUUCAAUGACAGUUUGACAUUCCUACACGCUAGACGAAGUGAUGAUGGGAUAUACAAGUGUACAGCUAAUAACAGCGUGGGAUCAUCUUCAUCUGAAGCUACGUUAACAGUUUUAGGUAGGUUCGUUUCCUUUAUUUUUUAAUUGAUACAAGAUUUAGUACAAAAGUAAAAUUUCAAGAAUGAUAUAGUAUGAGCCGAUCGUAAAUAUGAGCCGAUCGCCUAUAAAAGAAAUAUAGUAUGAACCGAUCGCCUAUAAAAGAAAUGAGGGAAAGAUUUUCUGUAAAUUGGAAAAAUAACUGUUCAUUUUUUCGACGAAUUGAACCCAGCCUUCGGCCUUAAUUAAUAAUCCUUCAUAUAUCAUGCUAAACCUCAUAGUCAAACGAGUAAAGUAGUAAACCAUUACAUUACUAUAUUUAAUUGCGUUAUCAGCGACACAGUCAAAGCUAUUAACCAGUCUUGUACUUGAGCGUGCCUCAGUAUACAUGACUUGAAGACGGCUUUCCAUUACAGUCCUUCGCCUGACCAAGCUCAACCUACUAAUGUUUCCAGCUCGAUACUUUCAUUCUACUUUGGUGUGCGCGGAAACUUCGCCGGUGAAAGUUGGAUUACAACGGCAAUGUUGAUUACGAACGCUCGUUCGAAAUGUGAAUUUCAUAACUAUCUAAUAUGAAAUACUGGUAUACAUGCAUGUAGGUAACAUUUCUGUCGCUAUAUAGAUCCACCAGUGGAACCAACUAUCACUGAAAUAUCCUCAAACCAAACAAUUGUCGAAGGAGUACGUGUUACAUUCACUUGUAAAGCAACUGGAAAUCCACUUCCACACAUCACAUGGAAAAGAUUUCUUGAAUCCGGUGAUGCUGCUCAACUGGAGAGACCUUCACCUCAGUCGAUCCGCAUUUCUUCAGCAAGUCCUAGAGAUGCGGGACAAUACGUGUGUAUUGCAGAAAACGACUCGGGAAAAGAUACUGAAACAGUUUAUCUAAAUGUUUUGGGUAAGUAUAAUACCAUUAGGCCGGUUGUGUAAAAAAGUAAUUACACGUUAUUGUAGCUAAACGUUAGUUCAAAAGUUAACCAAUCAGAAUUCCGCAUCUGAGAGUUUAACUAUUAUUUAACUACAAAACAUGUAGUUUAUAAAAGAAGGGGUAAAAUGAAGGGGUAAAUUGGGAACUGGGAUUUGCGUAUCAGUUUGGACUGGGAAAGUGGGAUUUGGGUCAGUGGGACUGGUAGACUGUGGUAGUGGCUGAUGCAAAAAUGAGAAUGAGCAAACCCAUAUACCAUUAUAAAGACAGUUGUAGUUUGACAUUUCAGAGUCUAAAUAACUUCAAGAAAAGCUACAGAGAAACUUUUGAUUGAGAGUUUAUCUAAAAAUGUCCUAGAAGAUUGCAUUCUGCCCUUUUCCCGUCUCGAAGUCACCUACUGCACCCUCUGGUUUCAAUUUUCCUGUUUUUUCCUGUUUUACUCCAGGAUACCCAAUUUUUAUUGUCAGUCCACGAUCCAACAUUACAAUUCCCGAGAAUAAAACGGUCAGCUUGAACUGCAAGGUGAUUGGCUCACCAGUGCCUGAUGUCAACUGGUAUUAUGGUAACAAACUUGCAGACGAAAUUUCAAACAUCGUGGUUCUGGACAAUAACACAAUACAAAUAUCUAACGUUAAAUUCGACAACAGUGGAAGCUAUACGUGUAUGGCCAACAAUUCUGUAGGACUACAACGUUCCAGGAAUACACUGCUGCAAGUCUUAAGUAAGUCUAAAUACUGUAUAUAGAAUAUUCUAAUAUGUUGGUAGUGUAAAGUGCACUGUAAUGGUGAAAAACGUUCAAUAGAAUGACUUGUAUAGAGCGAUUGACGUCAAUACACCCUUCCGGAAAGUACUCUUUUUCGUGUAUCCGACAUCAGUUAAAGUCUACGUGUCAAUCACGAUCAAAGGCCGUUGAGGCCGACUCACGGACGAGAUCAAAUGAAAGUGAUAGAAAGAAUUAGAGUAGUUUGCAGUUGUUUUUGCAAACGGGCAUCUUGCGAAUAUAUUUUGCCAUUUGUCGUGCUCGCCAAAUCAAAAAAAUGAACGCAUGCUCCAGCCCGAUUAAUAUUUCCGGUUCUGAAAGGUCUGAUUCGCAGGCAAACAGUGCGCGCAAAGCAGGCUGGUCAUUUCCCAUUAUUUAACUGCCCCACACUCAGGUAACCACAAAGACUACAUCCGUGAGUCAAAACCAGGCUCUAUAGCCAAUUAAGGUGACGUACUUUCCGGAGGCGUUUAUUGGAUAUCAUCAAUAAACGAUUACCCUGGUUCCAGAGGCUCUUUGCGAGGCGAAAUCUUUGCGAGGUGAAAGAAACGAGAGGCGAGAAGGAAGAGGGUCACAUCGGAAUUAUAGCUCUAAUUAGCUUGCAGUAUAAUGUUUAUUUCCCAAACCGGUUUGACAUAUUUUUACAAAUGGCCAAUCACAUGCGAGAUUCAAAUUCUGAACCUAAUCAAGUGUGGAAGUGGGAUUUGCAAUCCAUAGGCGUACCGGGCGGGGGGCGGGGGGGGGGCGGUAGCCCCCCCAGUUUUUUGGGCAGUCGGGCAAUAUUCGAUCACAGUCGGGCAAUUUUGGUUUGCAAUAAAAAAAAAAUGGGACAAAUUCUGUGAAUUUUGUGUAAAAUUAAUUCAAUUUUUUUGCAAAUUUUGUGAUUUUCCGAAAAUUUGUGUUAUGUUCCGAAAAAUAUUGGUUCUCCGGAAAAUUUUUUUGACCCCUAAAAUGGUACACUGACCGCCAAAAUAAUUUUUCUUUCCGCCCCCCUAAUUUUUUCCUUCCGGUACGCCCAUGUUGCAAUCGAUGUGACCAGAGGCUCUUCCUUCUCGUCUCUCGUCAAUUUCGCCUCGCAAAGAGCCUCUGGAACCAUAGUAAUAAACGAUUGAUGCGGUGUUGAUUUCCUUUGCAUGUGUUUUUAUAUACAAACACUGUACAUCGCGUACGUUUGUAAUGUUUACUUUCCACUCUGUGUGAUCAAUUAACCAAAUAAUUUGAAUGUGAAUAGUUUUCCCUGUAUUUUACCUCUUGUACAUUACGUUAAAAAUGUUAAAAAUGUUAAAAACGUGUUUGACGCUUAUUUAGGAAAACCGAAGCUUGAUUGUUGCCCAAACAAGUUGACAGCAUGGCGAAACGAGACCGCAAUAGAGGGACAAUCAACCUCUUUAAAUUGCUCAGCUGCUGGAUACCCCAAGCUAGAAUAUCAAUGGAUGUUCGAGAAUAAGACAGUCUCGUCGUUUUCUGUCUUUACUAUUUCCAGUGUUUCCAGACGAAAUCAUGGAGUUUACUCUUGCAUGGUGCACAACAAUCUUGGGGAGGUGAUGUUAAUGGUAUACUUGAAUGUCUUAGGUACGUUUUGUGUAGUUUAAGAUAGUUUAAGUAUAAGUAAGUUUACAACAAUAUUUCGUUUUGGUAAGGUAAUUCGAUCCGGUGGGAUUUGUUGCAGGACCGGAAUUGCACAGAAUUGUCACGAGGAAGCCUGGGAAGCAGUAUGCCGUUCCCCCGCGAAUUUCAAAAGAUUAAGCAGAAGCUAACCCAGCACCGACGGCUGAUAUUAUGUCCUCAUUGAGGGGGAGGGGGGGUGUUGUGAUAUUUUUACCAAGUUUUGGCGAACGUUUUGACCAACUCAGGUCAUCUUGGCGAGCGGGGAAGGAGGGGGGAGAGGGGAUAGGAAAACUUUUCUUUCUAUUUAAUGUAUGGUUAUUCACCCAAUCACCCUUAUUUGGUUAACUUUUCCUUAAUUUUUUAGGCUACUUAAUUUCCGCGUUUUGUUUUGCUUUUAUAUUUCGACUUGUUUGUUGCAAAGUAAUGGGUCAAAUUGUAAGUUUAAAUAGUUAACUAUAUGAUUGAGUGACCGGCUAUCCUAAUAGUUUCUUGGGCAGAACUGACAGAAAUAUAUGAUUUCCAACCUAUAAUCUUUUAACCUAUAAUCUUGAACACCAAAAUGUAAAGAAAGCUGACAGGUGCAACGCAAGAACUAAAGCAAGAGCUAGUCUAUUUUAGUAUCUCAUCAUUAUAUAAUUCAGUGGCUGUAAGACAGUCUAAUUUCCCAAGGGAAGCAUUUGAGGCAUUGUGCAUUUAUUCCAUACAUUGUUGUUGUUUGUUGUAGUUCCUCCUGAAGUUUCAGUCCAACCUCAACAAGCAACCGUUGUUAAAGGAGAGCACGUGGAGUUUUCAUGUACUGCAACUGGAGUACCUUUACCAGUAGUCACUUGGUAUUCAUCAAGAGGAUUGGUGUUGCGCAAUAAUACCUUGGUGAUCGCUAAUGUAUCUAAGAAUGAUCAGGGAGAAUAUCUUUGUGAAGCUAAGAAUAAUGCUGGACAGAAAACUGUCGGAACGAGAGUUACUGUUGCAGGUAUGUUAUAUAUUGAGUUUACUUUUGUUCCUUUGCCCCAAGGUGCGCCAAUGUCACUGUUGUUCACUUUGAAUCGUUAA